AUGCUAAGGUCUUCUGCUGAACCCAGUGUAGAAGAUCACGUACACGCCACCGAAAACCCAUUUGAGGAACAUCAACCACAACCAAAGUCACAAAAUCAACCACCACCACCACAACAACAACAACAACAACCAUCACAACCACAAAGUGUUAGCAGUAAUGGCCGAAUCCCUGCGACAAAACCAGAGUCUGUGCAGCUCGCAACCUUCGUUGUAGAGACAGCUGUAUUAAGUACUGGCAUGGUUCGCCCUAUUACGUUCUUUCCUAUCGUUACGAACCUUAGAUCUACCAAUUCAUCCAUGUACAGUGAACCGCAAAUUCCACACGGACCGCAUCUGAGCUCAAUGGAUAUUGGCGUCCGAGCGAAUCGCUGGGCGGAAUCGUUCCCGGCACAUGUUGAUCGUCGCUACAGUGAAUUAGUGGAUUUUCGAAUGCUGUUAGUAAAUCAGUUUCCAACCCUUAUAGUCCCACCUCUUCCACCCAAGUCAAAGUUUGAUGACCUUGGUACGUUUCUUACAAAUGAAAACGUUCUUGUUGCUCAACAACAUACUAUCGUACGUUUUCUUCGCGAAAUUGCCAUGUGCCCAGAGUUUAUUUACUUUUCCUUAUAUACACCAAAUUUCUUCCAGCUCCCCCGUGAGAGUUUUGAAGAUUGGUUUGGCACAAUGCGGUCGGUGUUGGAGGAAUUUCGUCGUUGCAAUGCCGCUAUUGAUGCCCACAGUACACGUAAAGGUGGAUUGCUUGGUAGUGACUCAGUUGCAACCUUUACUGAUGGUUCCACAAAGGUUGUACGAAAACUUCUUGGUUUUAUUCACUCAUGGAUGGGUGGUGGGAAGGAAGAUGAGAAUGUUGGUGAUAAUGAUGAUCAUGGACGUCGUCGUGGUCAUAAUAAUAAUAAUAAUAAUAAUAAUAAUAAUAGUACUACUAGCAAUAGCAACGCUGGUGUGGGUGCCGCCGCGGAGUAUCCCUCACGACAGCCGCCGGCCUCUUCUUCUUCACCCGCCGCUAAUGUCAAUGUGAACUCCCAGCGGCACAGCAAUGCGGCUGCGGCCGUGCAGUACUGGACGGAGACGCUGCAGGAUCUCGUCGCCCACCGCGAGGCCCUCGCCGCCACCGCCCGGCCGUAUCUCUCCGCGAUGGAACACGCCGUUGGUGCCGUGAUGGCGAUGAAAGACGUCGCCACCGGACUGGAGCGCACCGCCGCAGUUCUCCACGCCGCCGGCAGUGUGCACGCCGGACUCGAACGGGUUGUGCGGGAGGCCUCCGACUUCACCGUGGCAGCAGCGUGCUCCAUCGAUACUCAACAGGCAAAGAACAAGCGGGAGGUGUACGAGCGGCUGCUCUUCGAGGUGGCAUACGCCGAUGCCGGGAUAGACGCUAUUGAUCACGUCUUGUGUCUAUGGCGACAUCUAGGUAGUCUUGUCGGUGAACCAGCAGCACACGCUAAAUACGCGGCUUACACACAAAAUGUCAGUGCGCAGCUACAGACCUUUUAUGAGACGCGUUUUCUACGCAACUUUAGACUUCGUAUGCGAAAUAUGAUUCAGCGGAUGGCAGAUACAGGGAAACACUACACAACGGCCAUGGAGGAAGCGAUGCAGAAAACAGCCUUCGCCACUACGAUACAAGACGAGGAAUGCAUGAAGUACUCCACAGAGCCAUUCUCUCGGCAUAGCGAAGAGUCAUCGGCGCAAUAA